CCAUUUGGCCACCUGGCUUCAAGUACAAUGCAACAAGCUUUAGAACUGGCAUUGGAUCGUGCAGAGUAUAUAAUUGAAAGUGCCCGUCAGAGACCUCCCAAACGAAAAUAUUUGCCCAGUGGAAGAAAAUCUCUAUUUCAAAAACUUUAUGAUUUGUAUAUAGAAGAAUGUGAAAAAGAGCCUGAGAUAAAGCAGAAGCUGAGGCGAAAUGUGAAUUUACUUGAGAAGCUGGUUAUGCAGGAGACAUUAUCGUGUCUGGUAGUGAAUCUUUAUCCAGGAAAUGAGGGUUAUUCACUGAUGCUCAGGGGAAAAAAUGGUUCAGAUUCUGAAACCAUUCGGCUGCCUUAUGAGGAAGGAGAACUGCUUGAAUAUUUGGAUGCAGAGGAGCUACCACCUAUUUUGGUUGAUCUUCUGGAAAAAUCUCAGGUUAACAUUUUUCAUUGUGGGUGUGUCAUAGCAGAAAUACGUGAUUAUAGACAGUGUGGGAAUAUGAAAUCUCCAACAUACCAAAGCAAGCACAUUCUUUUGCGUCCUACAAUGCAGACUUUAAUUUGUGAUGUGCAUUCUAUAACGAGUGACAACCACAAAUGGACACAGGAGGACAAACUUCUACUUGAGAGUCAACUUAUUUUGGCAACAGCAGAGCCUUUGUGUCUUGAUCCUUCAAUAGCAGUGACCUGCACUACCAACAGACUCCUGUACAACAAGCAGAAGAUGAAUACUCGCCCAAUGAAACGGUGCUUCAAAAGAUACUCCAGGUCAUCCCUGAACAGGCAGCAGGAAGUGGCUCAUUAUUCUACACCACCUCAGCUUAGACUACUUGAUUACUUACAGAAAAGAAAGGAGAGGAAAGGAGGCCAGCAGUAUGACCUCAAAAUUUCUAAAGCUGGAAAUUGUGUAGAUAUGUGGAAACAGAACCCUUGCUACUUGACUGCGCCUUCUGAAGUGGAUGUGGAAAAAUAUGCCAAAGUGGAAAAGUCCAUCAAGCCUGAUGAUUCACAGCCCACUGUCUGGCCAGCACAUGAAGUAAAAGAUGAUUAUGUGUUCGAAUGUGAAGUUGGUAAUCAACUUCAGAAAACAAAACUGACUAUUUUUCAGUCUCUUGGAAAUCCAUUGUAUUAUGGUAAAAUUCAGACACUCAAAGGUGAUGAUGAAAGUGAUAACCUAUUAACUCCAUCACAAUUCCUUAUUGGUUCCAAGACUGAUGCUGAAAGAGUGGUGAACCAGUACCAAGAGUUAGUACAGAAUGAAGCUAAAUGUCCUGUGAAAAUGAUUCAUAAUUCAGGUGGAUCCGUCAAUCUUAGCCAUCUUUCUCCAGGGAAAGAAAUGGAACAGCCAGAAAGUAUAUCAGGCUCUGUUCAGUCUUCAGUAUUGGGGAAAGGUGUAAAACACCGACCUCCUCCUAUCAAAUUACCUUCAAGUUCAGGAAGUAGCUCUUCAGGUAAUAUUUUUAGUCCACAGCAGUCAAGUGGCCACCUAAAAUCCCCAACUCCUCCUCCUCCUUCUAAGCCUCCCGGUCUUUCUCGGAAACAAUCUAUGGAUCUUAAUCAAGUUAGCAUGCUCUCUCCAGCCGCCAUGUCUCCUGCGAGCUCUUCACAAAGGUCUGGAACUCCUAAACCAUCUACUCCUACUCCAACCAACACCCCUUCAUCGACCCCACACCCUCCUGAUGCUCAGAGCUCAACUCCUAUUACCCCUUCUGCCACCCCUACUCCCCAAGAUUCAGGCUUCACCCCUCAGCCCACUUUGUUAACCCCGUUUGCUCAGCAGCAGAUGUCUCUGAGCCAGGCACUGCCUGUAAUGACCAUUCCUCUUUCCACCAUGGUAACAUCCAUUACUACAGGAACAACCUCCACGCAGGUCAUGGCAAACCCAGCAGGACUUAACUUCAUCAAUGUAGUGGGCUCUGUGUGUGGAGCACAGACAUUGAUGAGUGGCUCAAACCCUAUGUUGGGGUGCAACACUGGUGCCAUAGCCCCUGCAGGUAUAAAUCUGAGUGGCAUUUUACCAUCAGGAGGCCUGGUACCAAGUGCGCUGCCCGCUGCAAUGCAGUCUGCUUCCCAAGCAGGCAGCCCCUUUGGUCUGAAAAAUGCAUCAAAUCUUCGACCCUUAAAUCUUCUACAGGGGUCCGACCAAGGUCCAUCCACCCAAGAUCAGGCCCUAUCCGCCCAGCAAGCUGCUGUGAUUAACCUGACUGGAGUGGGGAAUUUUAUGCAACCUCAGGCCACAGUGUUGUCUCAGCUUGGCUCUGCCAUGAACAGCCCUGAGCAAAGCCUUCCUCAGCAGAGACUCCAGCUCUCUUCUGCCUUUCAACAGCAACAACAAGCCUUGCAGCAGCAGCAGCAACAGAUACAAUUGCGAUUCUUGCAGCAUCAAAUGGCUAUGGCAGCAGCAGCAGCACAAGCAGCUCACCUACGACAUCAACAGCAUUCAGGCAGCCACUCAAAAAGUAAAAGGAAGAGAGGCACGCCGGCCCCUCCAAAAUCCUGAGACUUGCAUUUUUUUCUAUAUAUAAUUAAUGAUUCAAAGGGGAUUUUUUUAAGUUUAAAAAGGAGAAAGCUUAAAAACAAAUCAGUGUUUUACAUUGCUGGUGGGAAAAUGAACCAUUGAAACUACACUGUAAUAAAUGGAACUGCUUUAGGAAGCCAGCCCUUUGGAAAUUAGAGAGUUCACCUGUAAAGCAGCUAGGGCUUGGUUUCCUUAAGUCAUUUACUUUUUUAACAGAAUGUUUUAUCCUGUAUUUUUUACCAUUCGGCAGCAUUGUAUAUAGUCUAAGGGUGAAAAUCAUUUUAGAAAAAUG